AUGCUUCCAAUAAUAAUUUUAGCCACAAUUAUGAUCAAUGUUGAAGCAAAAUUCACAAUAUAUGUAACAGACACACCGAUCCAAAAAAUUGGGAGUAGAUUAUACAAGCAAGAACUAUUAACAAACAAAUUUAAAGACGUCAAAGAACUAGCAUAUGAUUCUGAAGGUAAAAAUUUAUACUUUAUGUACAUGGAUGACAUCUUACAAAAUUCCGGUCGAGCUACUAUCAAUACAAUCACUAAGAAGACCAACAAAAUUGAAGGAAUUGAAAAGAAUAAAGCAACAGCAGUAGACCCGGAUACUGGUGAGGUCUACUUCGGAUCAGAAGAUGGUCUUUAUAAAUAUAACCCUAUAAGUCAGCGAGCCGAAUACAUAGGGCUGUACAAUAUGAAUAUAUUUAAAAUAAUCAUAAGAAACAACGCGAUGUAUGUGAUAGAUGCGAAUGACCAUAUGAUUUACAAGAUAUACGAUCGAGGAACGAGAGCUGUGAAGCAAGAAAUAGCAACAAGUGUCUUAGAAUUCGACGUAGAUUAUAAGAAAAAUAUUCAUUUCGUGACAAUGUGCGGUGUUUAUUGUGCUGUAAAAAAUGAAGGGGUCGUUAAGAAUAAGGAUUUAAAUGUAGUAUAUCAGUUUCUUUUGGAUGAAUAUAAAACUUUUGGUGUGACAGAAAACGGUUUGUAUGAAAUCGACUGUUACAAUGGAACGGCUAAGCACGUUGCAAGCUUAGAUUUCGUACCACGAAGCAUAAUUUUCGGCGACUACGGCGACAUAUUUUACUCUACAGAAGACAAUAUUUAUAAAUUGAAACCGAUUAAUUCGUAUUAUCUAUAUAAGAUACGUAAAAAUUUUGAA